GUGGUGGCGUAGGGGACAGCGCGACCCACAUAUGGAGGCCUUGAGUCCUCGAUGCGGCCGUCGUGGGUUCAAUUCCCGGACCCAGCCGACAUUUGCCGCUUGUCCUUCCCCGUUCUCUCCUUCCCCCUUUCCUGUCAGCCUGCUGUCAUAUAAGGGACACUAGAGCCCACAAAAAGUCCCCCUGGUGGAAAAAAAACAAACAUUCAGCUAAAACAUGAAAAAGGCUAAAAUAUGAAUCCCAGAAAUGUCUCUGUGUUUUUCCUCAGAGUGAAAGUGAUGAGACGCCACAGAGCGAAGAAGAACUGAUGAUGAUGAGUGUGGCGGUAAACCAGGAGGAAGGUGAUGAAGAGUGGUCUUCAUCAGAUCCACAACCAGACUGAACACAAACUGAUUCUUUAACUUCUGAACUGGAGGAAAACCAAACAGCUUUAUGUGAAGCUGAGAAACCGGAAAAAAACUGGAAGGAACUUCUGACCUUCAAAUCUCCUUCAGAAUCACAACAACAACAACAACAACAACAACAACAACAACAACAACAACAACAUGCCUGAAGUCGACGUGACGUACGCUGACGUGAAGUUCACAACGCCGAAGUCCAGAGGUGAUGUUGCAGCAGAGGACGUCACCUACUCUGAGGUGAAGAUCUCUAACAAACAGCAAUCAGCAAACAUCCAACAGUCUGGGUCCAGCAGGAGGUCAAAGGUCACCCCAGAGUGUCUGGUUCUGCUGGCUCUCGUUGUUCUGUUGGCAGCGGCUCUCAUCGCUCUCGGAGUCACCUUCAUUCAGACCAGUCAGACUCCACAAACCCUGAAAGAAGACAAAGAAACUCUGAUGAAAAAUCUUUCAGAUAUAAAACUUGGGAGUACAACUUCUGCACCAACAUGUUCAUCAUGUCCUUCCUGUCCUCCACCUCCAUCCUGUCCUCCACAUCCUGCAGUAGAAGAUCUGACAUGUCUGAAGUGUGAACCAGGCUGGGAGCCACAUGGAGGAAACUGUUAUAAUUUCUCCACCACUAAAUCCUCCUGGAAUGACAGCAGAAGUUCCUGCGUUGAUCGUGGAUCAGACCUGGUGAAGAUCGACAGCAGAGAGGAGCAGACGUUCCUGGAGAGCAGACUGAGAGGCUUGAUGAAGGAACAUGAGGACAAGUUCUGGAUCGGACUGACGGACUCGGUGGAAGAAGGAAAAUGGUUCUGGGUGGACGGAUCUGCUCUGGAUAAAAGUUUGAGCUUUUGGAUUGGGAAGGAGCCUGAUGACUGGAAAGGUGAAAAUUCAGCUGGAGAAGAUUGUGUGAGGAUGGGAGAGAAAGGAGGAACUCAUGAUCUGAAAUGUUGGUUUGAUCAAUCCUGCAAUGUUUUUCAUAAAUGUAUCUGUGAGAAACCAGCAGCUCCAGGUUAUCCCUGUGUCUGAAGUUCAGCUCAGUCUAUAAAACAAUCUG